AUGAGGUUACUUCUUUGGGCCUGCAUCGUAUGUGUUGCUUUUGCAAAGAGGAGACGUUAUCCCUUCAUUCAUAAGAAAUCGCCCUCAUCCACUGAAGAGGAUUACUUUGGAAAUCGCUACCCACUUAAUCCAUCUCUGAAUAUCCCGUUUGGCCUAUGGAAUGAUAAUUUGCCACCUUUUCUUUUGCCUCCUCUUAACACUCAACAAGGAAAUGCCAUCACCAAAUUCCCUGGAAAUUCUGAGCUUGAAAGAGGGCUCUCUCUAUAUCCUUGGAUUCCCACUGCCUCUAAACUUCGCUAUGUAUACCAAAGUCUUAACUACCCCGCUGAUGGCCCACUAAAUGGUCCUGCAAUUGUUCCUCUGCCUCCUCCCCGACCCUUUCCUCCCAGGCCAUACCCCUUUGUCAUACCUCCGAAGGUUUCUGUCGUCUCACCUGUUGGACCUUCCCCUGAAGGCGAGGGUCUGGCACCUGAGUUCCCUGUAGACAAACCUAAUUCAGGUCUGCCUCCAGCACUCAAAGUUGAAACACCCGUGCCAUCCUCUGAACCCAAACCAUUUCCACCCGAACCUGCCCCAGUCCAGUUUGGUGCACCCGAGCCGGCUCCUCCCCAAUUAGAGGUGGCUGUGCCUGCUGCAGCCCACCCCAUGGCGCCUGAACUCUCUCUACCCAUGUCUAUGGGAGCACCAUCUCUACUACCUGAAUCCCCUGCAGGCCAGCCUCCUGAAAACAAACCUACUUCAGGUGAGCCUGCUGUAGCACAGUCUCUGCCGGCGGCUUUCCCAGCUACAGGCCUUGCUGCUGAAGCCAAGCUGCCUGCAGCAGAUUCUGCCGCAGGCCAACCUCCUUCUGCUGAACUCCUGGCAAGCCAGUCCUUCGUGGGAAAACUUAUUACAGCUGAGCCUACUGAAGCAAAGCCGGAGGGACCUGAGCCUCUCGAGCUCAAAUCUGCUAGCCAAGAACCACAGCCUUUUUUUUACCAGAUGCCGAUGAACAAACCAAAAGAAAUCUAA